UAGUCGAUAAAGGAACAAACUUGACACUCAAGUGUAAAGAUGAGCCGCAACAUGUUCCAAUUUACACCUGGGAAAAAAUUGGUUAUAAGUUAUUGAAAAAAACUCAAACGUUAAUACUUCCAAAAAUUAGAUAUCAUGAUGCUGGAAACUACCGCUGCAAGUACUAUUGGAAAAACUCCCAAUGGUAUUAUGGUAUCAAUACAUUUAUAGUUGUACAAGAUAUGAAAUUACCACAGCUGUCUAUUCCAAACACCCUGUUUCUUGCUGCGAUCGGGUCUGAUGUUGUUCUGACGUGUUCGGUUGUUCAAACUAGACCGCAAACCAAACAUGUUUGGUGGGUGAAAUUAAACAAUGAACGCCAAAUAAAUGUUUCAGAUUCAAAUCUUAAGAAAUAUCAAGGAGGUACACUUCAGAACCCUAGCCUUAAAAUAUUAGAUGUAACUUAUGAUGAUUCUGCUGAAUACAGGUGUUAUGGAAGGAACACAAAUGGACACAACUAUGCAGCUACGCAUUUAAUCACAGGAUAUAAACCAAUCAUAUCUACAGCAAAUGCGAAUGCUCUUGCAGAAUUGCAUACGGAAGCAAUUUUGAAUAUUACUGUAAACCAAACGUUUACAAAUAUAACUUCUUUAAAAUGGUCUAAAGAAGGAUAUGAUAUAGACAAAAAUAAAAGAUUUACUGGAGGUACAACAAGCCUUACAAUACGAGAUGUAGAGUUAGCAGACAGAGGAAAAUACGUUUGUAGGGUAGACAAUGUUAUAGGUUCUUCUAACGUGUCAAUCAACUUGAUUACAUGGAGAAGACCUAAACUUUCUCUUCCUGUGAAAUAUGAGAACCGCAUAGGAUCUGAUGCCGAAUUAACAUGUUAUAUUUAUCGUUCUUCCCCUGAUAUACAUAACAUUGUAUGGAAAAAAGGACCUACAUCAACUACUGGUCAGGUAGAAAUAUCAAAUAGUGAUAGAUAUGUGUUAUCGUUCCAUUACGGAGCAACGUCCAGAUCGCUGCUGAGAAUAAAAUCUAUUACUAACGAAGAUGCAGAUAUUUACAGUUGUAUUGCUCAAAACAAAUAUUCAGAAGAGAAAAAAUCAACUACAUUAUUUGUUGGAAGUCCUCCUCUAGUUAAAAUCAGCCAGGGCUACCACAUCAUUAGAGUAGGUUGUAACGUGACCAUUAGUGUUAUAGUUAGGAAUGCUCAUCCGGGUUCAAUAAUGGAAUGGAAACAAGGGACAACAGAUAUCUCAAAUAGCACUCGUAAAACAUUUGGAAGUAUAAAUAACCCAUUUCUUACGAUUAGAAAUGUCGAACCCAAAGAUGCAGGGAAUUACUCACUCUAUGUCAAGAAUAGUUAUGGGGACCAUGGCGAUUCUACCACGUUGAAAGUUGUUUCUGCUACGAUCAGAGGAGACCUUAAAUUAAUACGAACGGCAAAUGAAUCAAUCACAAUACAAUGUGAAGUUUCUGGUGGAAGUCAGGUUAUUUGGCGACAAAAUGGUGAACAAAUCAAGAUAGUCAGUCAGCAAUCACUGCAUAUCAAGAAACUUACUCGUUUUGAUAAAGGAAACUAUACAUGUGAAACAAGUUUGGAAACUGUAACUGCACUGAGCAACAUAUUGCAGCUUAAAGUCAAAGAUAAUCCACUCGUGUCUACGCCUAACGAAAUGUUUGAGAUAAACAAAGGACUUGAUCUAGUACUCCCGUGUCCUCAUGAAUCCUAUCCAACACCAACAAAUGUUUCCUGGACAAGGAAUGGUGUUAGAAUUUCUGUGCCCAGUUCGACGAAAUAUAACGGAAGUACCAUUGGACGUCCUGCAUUAAUUAUAUAUGGUACUAAAGAAAGUGAUUCCGGGACUUAUGUUUGUUCAGUUUCCAAUUCCAUAGGCACUGGAUACAGUAAACCACUUCAACUUCAAAUAAGAGGGCCAGUAAAACAGACUUCACUAGCAGGGGCAGUUGCUGGUAGCGUUGUGGCUAUUGUUGUUGUCGUCGUUCUCAUUGUCAUUUUCAUUUGGAGGCGGAGACAACAAUUACCCGGUAAAACAAAAAGAAGUACAGAUAAAGUUUCCAUGAAUCGAGGACGAGAUGACAGUGCAAUUGGACUGCACUUUAAUGUUAGGCCGAUGUCUUCCGCAGCAGCCGAUGAUUGUAAACUAUCCACUAUACCCGUAGUAGCAGCUGAUGCCGAAUACUAUAAUGUUUCGGAUGUAACUAGUACAUGCAUUAGGGUGGAGGACUUAAAAAAGUAUAUUCAGAAAAGACAAAAACACGAAGAACUUAAAAACGAAUAUAAGAGCAUACCGAACGUAGCAGAACAUCCCACUACUCAUGCACAGUCGGAGGAUAAUAUGCCGAAAAACAGAUUUAAAACAACAUUUCCAUAUGACCGCACAAGAGUCAUAUUGAAAUCCGAUGGAGGGUCUGAUUAUAUUAAUGCAAACUAUAUUGAUGGGUUUGAAAAGGAAAGAUGCUACAUUGCGUGUCAAGGUCCGAUCAAAACCACAGUGGGGGAUCACUGGAAAAUGAUAUGGCAGGAAAAUAUUGAUCAAAUUGUAAUGUUAACGAAUUUGGUAGAAGGUAUUAAGAAUAAAUGUGUACAAUACUGGCCUGCUGGUGGUAAACAAAUGGUCCAUGGAAAUCUGAGUCUCCGUCUGAACGUUGAAAAGGAAAGAACAGCAUAUGUCACAAGAGAAAUAACAAUUGAAGACAAAAAGAGUGGCAAAAAGCGUAAAGUGACUCAGUACCAUUUCACAGCUUGGCCAGAUCAUGGAACUCCAGAUCCUUUGUAUCUUGUUCUGUUUCAUAGACAUGUGAUAUCUGAUACCAAAGCUGGACAUUCAGGGCCUUUGUUGGUUCAUUGCAGUGCUGGUAUUGGAAGAACAGGAACUUACAUUGCUCUUGAUGCUCUGUUGGAAGAAGGGCGGACUACAAAGUUUCUUGACAUUUUCAAAUUUCUGAAGAAAAUGAGAUACAGCCGAAUGAAUAUGAUUCAAACCUCUGAUCAGUACGUGUGUUUGCACUAUGCCCUACUAGAGGCUUUCACAAUGAAAGAAACAAAGAUUCGAAAGGACAAGUUCAGUGAAGUAUGGCAGAGUAUUCUGACUGAUCACAGACCGCUCAAUCAUCAAAGGCUUAACAAAGAAUUUAAGGAACUCGAACAACAUGUAGGAGAAAUAAAGGGUCUUUCAUCUUCAAUGCUCAAAGCGACGAAGGGUGAUCAGAAUCACAACCAAUAUAAUGCUGCCAUGAGUACAACAAACUUAGCGAAAAACAGAAACAAAGAAGUUCUACCCAUGGAUGAUAAGCGAGUUUUUCUCGUAUCCUAUGGAAAAGGAAGAUCAGAUUAUAUUAAUGCAGUACAAGUGCCUUCUUACACAAAAUUUGUUGGAUACAUCACCACACAGCUACCAUUAUUGGAUACUAAGGAAGAUUUCUGGACAAUGAUACGGGACCACAGCUCUUCGACCAUUGUACUAAUUAUUAACAACGCAAACGAGGCUGACAUGGUGUACUCACAAUCGGGCGAUAAUUUUACCAUUGGUCAAUUUCGUAUAAAGAUAUCGGCACGAGAAGGAGUCGAAAAUGACAUCACAAAGGCAACCAUGGUUCUCUCUAAAAAGGAAGACAAACCGAGACAAGUAGUAUUGUAUCAAGCCAUCUGUAGUAGUAUACCUGACCCCGCUGUACUCUGUAAACUUGCUGACCUUAUUUCAACACGUGCAACUAUGUCAAGUGAUCCUAUUACAGUUGUAAGCAGUGACGGUGCCAAGAAUUGUGGACUAUUCUGUGCUUUCACCAAUGCCGUGUCCAGCAUGCAGAUCGACAAUAAUGCAGAUAUCUUCCAACUUGUGAGACUUCUACAAUUAAGACGUCCCGAGUUCUUCACAUACUUUGAGGAAUACAAAAGAUGUUAUGAAGCUUUGCAUGUUCACCUGGAAUCUGCAAAUGUUUAUGCAAAUUUUUAGUUUUAAACAAAUGAAUGUAAAGACUGAGAAAGAAACAGUGUAAUGUUUCAUUAUUAAUUAUCUAUUUGUAAAUAUUGCUGCAUACAUUCUGCUCAUGUGUAUUUUCUACAGCUCAAAAUUUAGAAAAACUUUUGAAAGUUGAUAUUCGCUAUAUAUUUUUUUCGUUUAGUUGUAUUGGUAAUUUGUUAAGCAACUACAUAUUAUUUUUCAAAAUUGAUCGUAAUAUAUACCCCAACAACAAUGUUUAAAUAACUGAAUGGAGGUCAAAUCAAUUAUUAAGCUAAUGACAUCGUAAACCAUUUAAGGUUCUCGUGGACUAUUCAAUGCUAUCGUAGACUCUCCAGUGUUAUCGUAGACUCUUCAAGGUUAUCUUAGACUCCUCAAGGUUAUUUUAGAUCAUUCAAGCUUAUCUUAGAUCAUUCAAGCUUAUCUUAGAUCAUUCAAGGUUAUCUUAGAUCAUUCAAGGUUUUUGAUAAAGAUCGUUAGUCCUGGUUGCUUUAUUUAGACAUUUUCAAAUAAAAUGUAUACCCGUUGUUGCUGUAACAAUUUUUGCACAAAACAAAAUGUCAACGUUUAUCUAAAUAUCUAUGAAGAUCUGAAUUGUAUCAUACAUUACCUUUGAUUUCGCUUAGAAUAACUUUAAAUGCGUGGCUUAUUUUCAAAUAAUUUUUUAAAAUAUUAUUUACUUUAAUCAAAUACGCCAAACCAACAUUUAUGUGCUUGGCAAAACUGCAUUAAAGUCUUUACCUUACAAAGAAGGACAAUAGUAUUAGCCUUAGCACAACACUAUUUUAUUACAUAGCUAUUUCAUUUCGAUAUAAUUUAUAGUCUGAUUUCUUUAAAUAUUUUUUAAUUAUCUAUUUAAUCCAAGUAACUUAUAUCCUUCUAAUAUACUUUAAGUACUGUGAUAUUCCUAAGAAGUUGGUUAAGUGGAUAGCCGAUAUUCAGUCUAAAGCUGACAUUUCGACAGAGACAUUUAGGAAUUAAAAAUCUUUAAAAGAACGUUGAAUGUAUUUGGAUUGCAUUCUCAUUUAAGCAAACGAUACAGUCUCUCAGUAUAUUGAUCAUUAGUAUAUGUUCUUUGUUCUGUGGACAUAUGAACAGAUACACAUUUAAAUAUUCAUUAGAACUUGCAUCGGUUAUCGAUAUAUCUUAAAGGUUUGUUUACUGAAAAAAAGGCAUCCCUUAACUUCUGAAAAAUACAGCUGAGUGGCAAUUUCUUUAUUUCUUUUUUCGUGAUACACUGUUGCGCUUGCAAUAGAAUAAUUUGUUAUUCCAUUGGCAUAUAUUGGCCUUAUUGCAUAUUUUUAUUUUAUAAUUUUUUUCCAUCUUAGCUACAAUAUACCAACUUCACCUGCAUAUGAAAUAUACAUUUCCUAACUCAUUUGGUAUUCAAGAGCUUGCAGCUGCUACUCAGACUUCAUAAAACGUCACCAGUGUCUGAGCAGAAAGUUGAUGAACCAGGGUUAUGUCAAAGCACGUCUAGUUUUUUUUUUCUUAAAAAGUUCGUCGGAAGAUACCAGACCUUGUUGAUAAAUAUUCCAUAUCAACAACACAAAUAAUCCAUAAUGGUCUUGAAAUAUAGAUUAUAGGUCCUGACGUUGUUUAUCAUAUUAAUUACGUGUUAUAGUGUUCGUUUUAUUCAUCUUUAUGUAUUUUUAACCUUUAGUGUUAGUCUACUUUUAGUAAUAUUCUAUUGGCGUUGCUCUGUAUUUAUUGUCAUGUUUUUUUUUUGUAUACUUUCCUUUCAAUUUGUUUAUAUGCUUUGUGUCUUUAUGCCAUUUUGUUUUUCUUUUUUGAAAUAGUUAUUUGUUUUUAUAGGUAUUAAGAUGUUGUUGUCAAUAAAGUGGAAUUAUAUGCAUCUGUCAUAUAAGAGGUUGAGCUAUCCAUAACACCAGGUUUAAUCCACCAUUUUCUCCAUAAGGAAAUGCCUGUACCAAGUCAGGAAUAUGACAGUUGAUUUCCAUUCGAUUAAUGUGUUUGGGCUUUUCAUGUUGCCAUUUGAUAAGGUAUAAAACCACUAAGUCAUAGCCCCACUGCUUUCUAUGUUAAAUUAUGCAACUUCAAGCAUUAAUGGCUACUUUGUCUUAAGUUCAAACAAAGUGGCAGUUAUUUCAUGUCAAAACUAUACCUUAUCCUGACUUGUGCUGAAAAAUUCAACAUACCUUUAAUUGCAUAUUAGAGCGUACUGGUUCCCGGAAGUUGGAUAGUACAAAAACAGGUACUUCUAACCUGAACAACAGGGCAAAUGUACCCUCCUAUUAAAAUUUGUAUAUACUUCUUAAUUAUUCAAAAAAAACUUUCACCAAGGGUUCUACAGUAAUCCCAAGUCCCUAAGACUUCAUUUGAUAUCAAAACUACCCAAAUAUUUCACCUAUUGACAAAGAUACAGCUAUGCGUAGGAACUAUUUUGUUUUAAAUAUGUACUACUUUCUUGUAUGUUCUAUACCUAUAACAGCAACAAACUUUUUAUAAUGACUUCUGCUUGACUUAAUUUCCUUCUAUGAUCUAUGUCUAACGUAGAAAACCACAUAAAGCUUUUGUCAAAACACUAUAUUACUGAAUUCAAACUCAAAUUGGACUGGUAGUAACAUAUGCGUUACACAAGGAAAACUCCAUAUGGAUAAUUAUAGUGACAAAUAUGACACUUUCUCAAUUUUUACCAGUUCUUAUUUGUUAAUAUCUACUCAAAUAACAAUAUUCUUACCAAUAUGUCUUAUUUUUACCAGAGAUUCUUUCUUAAAUAUAAAUAAACUGGUACAAACUUAAAAUAUAAAUGAAAAUUUUGUCCCCCCUUUUUUCUACAUGUUGAAAAAGGAGAGUGAUUUGGUAAAAAUCAUACUUUUGUGUUUAAACAUGAAUCAACAAGAGCAAUUUAUGUAUCUCCCAGCUAGGAAACUUGCUAAACUGGUUAUAGAAUGCAUUUUAAGUGAGAUUUUGGAAUUCCUAUAUAAGUACACACCAAUUUCCUUUGAAAUAAAUGAUACACUAUGAAACCCAAUAAAACAUGAACACUCACCAGAUAAUUUGACCAAAAGAAACAUUUAUACUAUAAACCAGUCAUAAUAUACGUGUUUCAUCGGUUUCAGUCUUAGAUAAUGUAAAAAUUUAAACUUCAGGUAAAAAUGUUAACUUUGUGCAUGCUAAAUGACAAAAAAGGCUGAAAUACCUAAUUGUAGCAAUUUGAGGGGUGUAAUUUGACACCAACAUAAUUAUUACAUAAAAAAAUAAUGUAAAAUGAUAACUAACAGCAAAUGUGACCAAUUUUCAAUGUAAUGGCUAUGAUUUCUAAAAAUUGAUUUUCACAUGCCUUUCAGUAAUAGGUAUAAAACCACUAAUUCAUAGCCCCAUUGCUUUCUAUGUUAAAUUAUGCAACUUCAAGCAUUAAUGGCCACUUUGUCUUAAGUUCAAACAAAGUGGCAGUUAUUUCAUGUCAAAACUAUACCUUAUCCUGACUUGUGCUGAAAAAUUCAACAUACCUUUAAUUGCAUAUUAGAGCGUACUGGUUCCCGGAAGUUGGAUAGUACAAAAACGUACUUCUGAUCUGAACAACAGGGCAAAUGUACCCUCAUAUUAAAAUUU